AUGCCUUACAAAAUUAUUGAAGGUGUGUUUACUAAGGAGAAUAACAACCACAACUACUUCCCUGUGUAUCGGCGAGAAAACGACAAUCUACUGUUUUACUAUAAGAUUUCCAAGGAAGGCAAAAAAUACUUGGCCUUUGGACUUAAUCUAAAAGACUACUUUGGCGUCGCUGCUGCUGUUUAUAGCGCCGUUGAUCCUGUAUCUUGGCUGAGCUCCGGGAGUUUGGAUAGAAGUGAUGUCUUUGGAGGGUUGAUAUACAAGUGGAUGUUUUUCAACACGCGUGACAAAACCAAUUACUAUGUUACAGUUAGUAGUUCGUCACCUAUGAUUAAAGCUGUAUGCGUGGAUGAAGAUUUCAGAGAAUGUAACUCGGAUCGACUCUACUUGAAUGACAAUUUCACCGAUGGAAAGGGGAAUGUUGUGAACGAUCUCACUCGAGAUUAUUUCUUUCGCAAGCAAGGUGUAUUCCGUAACCUUCGCCCUGUGUAUCAGCAUAGUAGACAGACUUGGUACCUUCAAUACACUGCAGACGGCUUCUGGGUGGUAACAGAAAGGUACUCACCAAGAAAUUCAAAUGAUAACGUUUUAAUGAAGACUAAAGAUUUUGCCCUGCGACCAGAGUACAUCAGCAAGACUUGGUCGGUCCAUUACAAUGGAUGGCGUUAUAUACCUGAACUUAGAGUCUUGUGUAGAGGAGUAAAUUCCAUGUCGAAUACUUGUCUAUCAAAGCCAUGUCAUAGUAAAGCUACAUGCAUCUACACUUCCGGUAACGAAACACUUUGUCUCUGUCCUUCCGGUUACACCGGUGUGACAUGCUCUACUAACAAACAGUGCCCCACUCCCUACCCCUUAUCUGGCACAGAAAUGAACUUUGCAUAUCCAGGAAAAAGGCCUGGCGAUCUCGGCUUUUCUUUCUGCAGUGGGUCGUAUCCUUCUGUAAGGUUUGCCGUGUGUGUGGAAAGCAAAUACAGUGUUAAUCCUUACUGGGGCAGACAAGGCAGCUCCUGCCGUAUAGGGAAUACUGGAAGCACUUCUUCCCCCUGGACACCCUGGAAUCCACGAACAACCGAGAGGUCCUGGACACCCUGGAAACCUCCCACGCCUGGAGCUCGUCAUAUUAACUUUGAUGACAACCCUGUAAUCACCCCCGUGGUACUUACUUCAGCCGCGCUUCUGGAAUUGCUCCUGCCAUUUAUCAUCUGCUGUUGCGCUAUGUGCAAGAAAAAAGGUAAAGAAGACAGAGAAGAACAAGAAGAUCAGAGAAGGUUACAGGAAGUUGGCGGGGAAUUAGAAAGGAGACUUGAGCAAGUUGUUAGGGCCGGAAGCCAAGAGGAACUCGACCGUGGUGUUCAAGACUACCAACGAACCGUCCAGGAAUACCAACGUGAGAACGAAGACAAAGAACUGAGCCGCAAACGAGGCUUGUACAGAAAUGCAAGUUUAUGGCGAAUCAUUUCCAUGCACUUGUUUUUUUCCUUUUACCUAUGGAUCGUGUAUCUGGUCGGUUGUGAAAUUUCCCUAUGUACUCAAUACGGACGUAUUUUCGUCUACUUAAAAACCUUUGCAAUUGUAAUGCUGUGCAUCUCGUCUGUGUACAUUUUCAUAGAAAGCAUAUUCUCCCACGAGCUGGAUUACUUGAGAAACAUCAUGCAGGACGAGACCGCUUGGGGCUACAUACAAAAAAUGCAUCAAGUCGCACCAAGGAUUGGGAUGGUCGUGGAGUGCUAUCAUUUCGAGACGCGCACGCGUGUCGUGUAUUACACGGACGCAAAUGGCAACAGGCAGUCCCGCACAGAAACAUAUACCGAGAGGGUUGUGACAUUCGUAGACCACGAUGAAUUCUCGUUCGGCUCGUGGGUUGAUGUUUCCAAAAGAGAAAUGCCAGCACUGAGUACAGUGUCUCUUACUCGAGUAAGAAUUGAUCCGUAUGUCUUGUUUGGUGAUCAGGAGACAGCGGAUGAUUACGAGAGACAAGCAGCAGCCAUGAUAGAAAGAAAUCGUCACCGAGAUGCUUUUACGGAUUUCUCAGCAAGUAGAGAAAUUCCUGGGCUGAAGAAGAGGAUCUCUGCUUACGUGGAUUUGAGGGUGAAGCCUUGGUGGAUUCGGCCUCUGUUUUUUUGGCUGGCCACGCUGUUGCAGAUGACUUGGCCUUAUCGCUGGCUGUUCAGAGCAAAAACCAGUAAAAGUUACUAUGCUCUAAAGAAGAAAUUGUAUAAGAGUACAACGCCCCCAAGAGAAGUAGACAUUAUGGAUCCAAUAGCAAUGUUGGCGGGUAGUGCACCGUCCAAUGACUCCAGCGUCCCGAACCAAAUAUCUUAUUCCAUGACAGACAUCGUCAAUCCAGGCAUAGCUAGCCCCGCCCUCCAAAACGGCUGCGCACCUUAUCCACCUGGCAAUCCAACUUUGGGACCUGCCUACUCGGCCGCACCCCAACCAAGUGCACCCCCUGCAACAUACGACACAGGCACCCUACAUCUAUUUCCAAAUGCACCGAAUGCUACCGGACCUCCUGUGUAUAGUUCUUAUCCCACCGGUGGAGCUGCGUAUCCUACCCAGCCACCCGGACCUGUCUACCCUCCGUAUUCUAUCGUACCGCAGCCAGACGAGCCCCCGCCCUCUUACGAUGCUGCUGUAGGAUACACUCCUGACAUUCCCCAAGCAAGUAACGAGAAAAACUCCCCUGCGACUUGAUGCCUCUAAAAAACGGCUGUCGAGAAAAUAUAAGAGAAAAACAAGUUAUCUAUAGUGUCACCCGGAAGCUUUGAAGAGUUUUCUUUAUUCCCUCAUGUAAUUGAACGAAAUUGAAAUGAAACAGAUAAGCAGUCUGAUAUGUUAAGAGAGGAGCAGUGAUGGAAAUCUGUUAUUGUUGGAGAGCCCCAGGGGCCCCACUCACAUAUUUUAAUGACGGGGGGUCCGAAAGAGGUUCAUAUUUUAUACCCAAAAAACUCCCAACUUCAAAAUUUGUCUACCCAAAAAAAUCUCUACUUUUUUUAGCAUACCCAAAAAAAUCCCUCAGUGUUUUUGCAUCAGCAAAUUUUAUUAUUUAUCUUCUGGAAAGCUAAAACAUGCAAACUUCAACUUUGGUUUUGGUCAAAAACAAAAUUAUAAAUUGCGCUUAUGUUAUUGUUGAUUUGAGCUGAUGAAAAAUACAAUACCCAAAAAAUCCCUGUGUUGUUUUCGCGACCCAAAAAAUCCCGGCGUCUUUCAUAGACCCAAAAGAAUCCCUUUUGGCCAAAAUGUCAGACCCAAAAAAAUCCUUCGGACCCCCGUCUUUAAAAUAUGUGAGUGGGGCCCCUGGGUGGAGAGCGCUUGCCCCUUUUAUCAGGUCUUGUUAAUACGAGGGCAAUAUUGUUGGUUUUCAUGACGUCACUAAAAUUCAAACUACAAUACUAUUGAUCCUACUGAGAUUUUACUUCAUGAUGUAUUCGAGAAGCUGAAAGCUAAUUUUCAUACAAAUUUUCGCUUUAAAAGGGUUCUUGGUUUUGUGAUAGAGAACGAUUGAAUUUCUAAGCUUUUGCGUGACGUGGCUUUUACAUGACGGCCGAGAGAGCUGUCUUGUACGUUAAAAAAGUUGACGUAUUUCGGGGAAUUUUGCUAUCUAAACAGUUCAUAGAUUAGAAAAAGUAUUACUUUGAUGUUUAUGAGUUCGCCGAGGAAUAAAUUCACGCUUAACAGAUAACAGGUAACAGAUGUUUUUGUUGGUUUCCGUCCGCCAUGUUGUGCCCAUCCAGGUGGGCACCAGGAUGGCGUCUCCAUACAAAUCUCAAUAAAUUUGGAAAAAACAUUUCUUUGGAUAUCUCGUACACGGAAUAUUCUUCUGACCUGAAUCUUGGCGAGGAACUUGGUAUAUUUACCUGAUUUCAUUUCCCAGAUUCCGGAGUGUAUCUGUUGAACGGUUUUGAUUUUUAUUUUGAUCUAUUAUGAAUGGCGUGACACUGAAAACCAGCAAUUAACAAUUAGCUCAUGCGUCAGCGUGGGUAUGUCGAGAUAUUGAGCACACUGCGCUAAUGGUCUAAAAAAUUGGAUGUAAUUAUAAAAUUAGCUAUGUCUAAAUCAGAUACAGUGUCUGUCCUUUGGGACACCUCUAUUCAAGAGACACCUCUAUUCAGGGAUACAAAAUUUGGCCCCGGAUAAUAAUUUUCACACAAUAAUUGUAUUUGUUACCUCUAUUUUUGGGACUCCUCUAUACAGGGGAAAGGGAUACUUUUUUCUCGGUCCCGAAACCCGGGUUUAACCUCCAUCACUGGACACUGUAGCACUCAAAAAGCUCAAAGAGUGACUGACCACAAAAAUCAUUGAUAAGUUAAAUGUCCUCUAGUUACAAUGGCGACAGGUUUCAAAACAUGAACUAUCCCACUGUGGGACUUCAACACAAAACAUCGCAGACAUAAGUUAAUCACGAUUUUUUUACUACAUUAUCUUGCUGUUUAAAUAAUGAUUCCGGCAAAUUCGAUGGCAGAAUAAAAGAAAAAUAGUUUUUUUGGUUGUAAAUUAUCAACAAGCCCCACCCCAACCUCCGUACAGAGGACACUGACUUGGUCCCGAAGGCGUCAAUUUCUUUCAGUUUUUUUCUUUUUGAAUUAUUAAUGAGUUUCUCAAGCUUUCAAAAGCGACAACCCUCUAUUGUUUUACCAUGUGGUCACUUACGAGAGCUCAUUCUCGUAAGUGACCAGCUCUAGUUACGAUCCCUUUUUUGAAUUUCCGAGGUGAUCGGUUACGAAAGCUUUGACUUUAUUUGAUAAUUUGAUGCUUUGUCAGGAGUCAAUUUAUUUCGGUUGACCUGUUAAAGACCGUUUACCAGUUCUUAACGAGAAAUUCAGAUGUCUAGAACAUCAGUAACAUGAAAGUUACCAUCUGUUUCGUCACGUCUCCUGUUAGGCAAACAAGAAAAUAGAGACGUCUAUACGAAGUCUAUUUCCUCACUAGUUGCAAAUUUAUUGAUACCCCAUACCAGUUAGCAAGUUUCGAAAAAAAAAAAUGGGUCGGUCAAUUAAUGCUUUCGAUACUGCUUAUUGUGACAUUUAAAAGCCGUUUCUGAGAAAAUUAACUUCAGAGCCCUGUUCGAAGAUCAUGAUGGCAAGGCUACUCCUUUUCCUAUUGAUUUUGUGUAGCAUGUUGAUGGCAUUCUGCAGUUGCAGAAAUUUGUGCUCAAGGAUUUUCUUUCAAAACAUCACUGAAGAAACCUUACCUUACAAAAUUAUUUACAGUGUAUACACCAAAGAGAAUCGUCGUGUUAACUUUUAUGACAACCCCGUAAUCGUCCCUGUGGUCCUUAUUUCUGCCGUCAUUCUGGAAUUGCUCCUGCCAUUUAUCAUCUACCGCUUGGCUAUGUGCAUGAAAAAUAUUAAGGAAUGCACGGAAGAACAGGAAGGUCAGUGGAGGUUACAGAAGGUUGACGGGGAAUUAGAAAGGAGACUUGAGCAAGUUGCUAGGGCCGGAAGCCAAGAGGAACUCGACCGAGGUGUUCAAGAUUGCCAAAGAACCGUCCAGAAAUACCAACGUGAGAACGAAGACAAAGAACUGAGCCGCAAACGAGGCUUGUUAAAAAAUGAAAAUUUAUGGCGAAUCAUUUCCAUGCACUUGUUUUUUUCCUUUUACCUAUGGAUCGUGUAUCUGGUGGGUUGUGAAAUUUCUCAGUGUACUCAAAACGGACGUAUUUUCGUCUACGUAAAAACCUUUGCAAUUGCAAUGCUGUGCAUCUCGUCUGUGUACAUUUUCAUAGAAAGCAUAUUCUCCAACGAGCUGGAUUACUUAAGAAACAUCAUGCAGGAUGAGACCGCUUGGGGCUACAUACAAAAAAUGCAUCAAGUCGCACCAAGGAUUGGCAUGGUCGUGGAGUGCUAUCAUUUCGAGACGCGCACGCGUGUCGUGUAUUACACGGACGCAAAUGGCAACAGGCAGUCCCGCACAGAAACUUAUACCGAGAGGGUUGUGACAUUCGUAGACCACGAUGAAUUCUCGUUCGGCUCGUGGGUUGACAUUUCCAAAAGAGAAAUGCCAGCACUAAGUACAGUGUCUCUUACUCGAGUAAGAAUUGAUCCGUAUGUCUUGUUUGGUGAUCAGGAGACAGCGGAUGAUUACGAGAGACAAGCAGCAGCCAUGAUAGAAAGAAAUCGUCACCGAGAUGCUUUUACGGAUUUCUCAGCAAGUAGAGAAAUUCCUGGGCUGAAGAAGAGGAUCUCUGCUUAUGUGGAUUUGAGGGUGAAGCCUUGGUGGAUUCGACCUCUGUUUUUUUGGCUGGCCACGCUGUUGCAGAUGACUUGGCCUUAUCGCUGGCUGUUCAGAGCAAAAACCAGUAAAAGUUACUAUGCUCUAAAGAAGAAAUUGUAUAAGAGUACAACGCUCCCAAGAGAAGUAGACAUAAUGGAUCCAAUAGCAAUGUUGACGGGUAGUGCAUCGUCCAAUGACUCCAGCGUCCCGAACCAAAUAUCUUAUCCCAUGACGGAGAUCGUCAAUCCAGGCAUAGCUAACCCCGCCUUGCCAAACGGCUGCGCACCUUAUCCACCUGGCAAUCCAACUUUGGGACCUGCCGACUCGGCAGCAUACCAACCAAGUGCACCCCCUGCAACAUACGACACAGGCACCCUACACCUAUCUCCAAAUGCACCGAAUGCUGCCGGACCUCCUGUGUAUAGUUCUUAUCCCACCGGUGGAGCUGCGUAUCCUACCCAGCCACCCGGACCUGUCUACCCUCCGUAUUCUAUCGUACCGCAGCCAGACGAGCCCCCGCCCUCUUACGAUGCUGCUGUAGGAUACACUCCUGACAUUCCUCAAGCAAGUAACGAGAAAAACUCCCCUGCGACUUGA